CAUACUGUGUAGAAGAGUUUGAAGAUGGCACGAACCAAGCAGACCGCUCGUAAGUCCACCGGUGGAAAGGCUCCCAGGAAGCAGCUCGCUACCAAGGCUGCCCGAAAGAGCGCUCCCGCUACCGGCGGCGUGAAGAAACCUCACCGCUACAGGCCUGGGACUGUGGCUCUGAGGGAGAUCCGCCGCUAUCAGAAAUCCACCGAACUGCUGAUCUGCAAGCUGCCCUUCCAGCGGCUUGUCAGAGAAAUCGCUCAGGAUUUCAAGACCGACCUGUGCUUCCAGAGCUCCGCUGUGAUGGCACUGCAAGAAGCUAGCGAGGCUUACCUGGUCAGGCUCUUUGAGGACACCAACCUGUGUGCCAUUCACGCCAAGAGAGUCACCAUGAUAAUAUUGACACGAUACCUAAAUAGGAAUCAGAUGCGGGCAGGUCAUUUAGAUUACUUUCACUUCCUUCCAUCUCCACGCUGA